AUGAGAGCCAUAGCAUGGGCCCCGCACUCACAGGUAACGGAUAUCGUGCACUGCAGCGGCGCGAGACCACAGAAGAAGAAAGCUUUCACGCCGGGGGCCUUCGCGACCGACCUCAAACCUUCUUUCACUCUGAUGAGGGCGUUCGGUCUGCUGCCCCUAGAAGGCAUGCAUACAGCGAACCCUUCGUUCCGACCAACUUCUGGCAUCUUCGUGUACUCGAUGAUGUGUUACCUGGUGGUGUCUGGCUUGGCGAUCUCUGUCGCUGGCUACGUGAUCGCGCACCUACAGAGGUACCGAGACAAUGAUGACGGCAGCAUUUACAUAACGGCCUUCCUUGUGUCCCUCGUGCCGAGUUUAUUAUUGCACCCGUGCUACUGGUUCGAGGCGAAGAAGGUAGUCGCGCUUUUGAAGAGCUGGGUGGAAUUUCAGGAGAUGUUUUUGAGAACUACAGGGACACAACUGAAACUCAGCCUGUGGCGCCUGUCAAUGUUCUUAACAAUGGCGGUGCCGGUAGUCACUUUCCUGGUAGUUAUGGGAGAGCUGUUUAUAUUCAAUUUAGCGCAGCCAAAUCUAGCUGUGGCGUACACUCUCACAAUCAGCAUGCUGCUCGACCACGGCACGGUGUGGCUGCUGCAGUGCAUUGCCAUCUGUCGAUCGUCACAGCUAAUAAAGGAUUGUCUGAAGUUGACGCUGCGCCGGAAGAGCGGCGCGGUGAGUCUGCGCGCGCUGGAGGCGCUGUGGUUGCGCCUGUCGCGGCUUUGCACGGCCACGGCGCAGGCACUCUCCGCCGCGCACCUCGUCGCCACCAUCACCUUCUCCAUCGUCUUCCUCAUGGACGCCUACGGCUUCAUCAUCAUGUUCGAUAAGCCUGACAUGGGCCUCCUCACGGGCGGACUCGGCGGCUACGCUGUGUGCAUCGUCACCUACUUGGCCAUGGUCUACAAUGCCGGCUACAUUGUGAUUGCAACGAUGAAUGACUUCUGUGACGAAGAAGUCGAUGAUUUGGUUGCUAGGGAUGAAAACAUCCGUGACGAGCUGCACAAAUUUUUGCACGCGGUGAAGCUAAAUCAGCCAUUUAUUAGUUUCGCCGGGGUCGUAGAUGUCAACAGGAAGUUCAUGUCAUCGUUCGCGUCUGCGAUGCUGACCUACAUCGUGGUGCUGGCGCAGUUCAGAGUUGGUGGUGAUUCGUCUGAUCUGAAAGCCCAAUUGGCGCUCAGUACUCCUGCGACAACCACAGAAGCAGUCCCAUAA